CUAUUUUCUCGUCCCCUUACUUACAUAUACAUUUCCGCCUUUUGCUACUGCCAGUCUCCAUCCAAUCCAUUCAUCGUUGUCGUCGUCUUCUUCUUUGCUCUGUGAAUUUACUACAGUUGUGGAGCUUGCUGUAGACUGGUAGUAAUCGGUUGAGGAGGAGGAGGAGGAUUUGAAGAGCAGCAAUGGCAUCUGCAACGUCGCCCACCUCUCUCUCACUCAUUCCCACCACCUCGUCUUCUACCUCCCGCACCCGGGCCUCCCUCAAUGUCCCCUCCACCCGCUUCCUGCGCAAGCCUCUGCGAGGCUUGGGAUUCUUGGCCGCCGCCGCCGACCCCCUUCUCUCCCUCCACGUCGCCUCCAAGCUUCGAUCCCUCAGGGCCAAGCCCUCCCGCGGCGUCGCCUCCAUGGCUAAGAAGAGCGUCGGCGACCUCACCGCCGCCGAAUUGAAGGGCAAGAAGGUCUUCGUCCGGGCCGAUCUCAACGUCCCUCUCGACGACAGCCAGAAGAUCACCGACGAUACCAGAGUUCGCGCCGCUGUUCCCACCAUCAAGCACUUGAUUUCCAAUGGGGCCAAAGUCAUCCUUUCCAGCCACUUGGGACGACCUAAAGGUGUUACUCCAAAAUUCAGCUUGGCGCCACUUGUGCCCAGGUUAUCUGAACUCCUUGGUAUUCAGGUUGUGAAAGCUGAUGACUGUAUCGGUCCAGAGGUGGAAAAGUUGGUGGCUGCCCUUCCUGACGGUGGUGUUUUGCUUCUUGAGAACGUGAGAUUUUACAAGGAGGAAGAAAAGAAUGAACCUGAAUUUGCAAAGAAGCUUGCCUCAUUAGCAGAUCUCUAUGUCAAUGAUGCAUUUGGCACGGCGCAUAGAGCACAUGCCUCAACUGAGGGUGUCACAAAAUUCUUGAAACCAUCUGUUGCUGGUUUCCUUUUGCAGAAGGAAUUAGACUACCUUGUUGGGGCAGUCUCAAACCCAAAGAGGCCAUUUGCUGCCAUUGUGGGCGGUUCAAAAGUCUCGUCUAAGAUCGGUGUGAUUGAAUCACUUUUGGAGAAGUGUGAUAUCCUGCUUCUUGGUGGAGGAAUGAUCUUCACUUUCUACAAGGCACAAGGUCUUUCAGUGGGGUCAUCUUUAGUGGAGGAAGACAAGCUUGGCCUUGCUACUACACUCCUCGAGAAAGCCAAGGCGAAAGGAGUAUCUCUUCUGUUGCCCACUGAUGUAGUGAUUGCUGACAAGUUUGCUCCUGAUGCGAACAGCAAGGUUGUGCCGGCAUCUGGCAUCCCUGACGGGUGGAUGGGGUUAGAUAUCGGACCUGAAUCUGUUAAGACAUUUAGCGCUGCUCUGGAAACUACCAAAACUGUUAUCUGGAAUGGACCAAUGGGAGUGUUUGAGUUUGAUAAGUUUGCUGUUGGAACAGAGGCAAUUGCAAAGAAAUUAGCUGAUCUCAGUGGGAAGGGAGUAACAACAAUCAUUGGCGGUGGAGAUUCUGUUGCUGCUGUGGAAAAAGUAGGAGUUGCCGAAGUGAUGAGCCACAUAUCAACCGGUGGUGGUGCCAGUUUGGAGUUGUUGGAAGGAAAAGAGCUCCCCGGUGUUCUUGCUCUCGAUGAAGCCACACCAGUUCCUGUGUAAGACACAUUGUAUAUGAUUUUUCCACCACCUACUCGCUUCUUGGCAUUUCAGUUUGGGUUUGUAAACGAGAUACAUUGUAGGCAAAUGAGUUGUAGAUUUUUCACCCUUGCCACCCUUGUAAGGUCCUAUAGCCUGUCUCUCUCUUCCCUCAUUUGCACAACUAGAAAAGAUUCUAGGAGAAAUGUUUCAAGGGAAAGGAGACUUUCCAAGUCAUCAAUAAAAUGGUUUUGAAUUCCCUGAA